UACCCGCCGCCGCUCGGGCUGACAUUUCCUCUCGCGAGGUGCGAUGAUGAGGCGCGCGUCUGGGUUCUAAUUCCAACAGAUUAACCGCGUCCUGAUGCUGUCAGAGGAGGCAGGAGCACACGCGACCACCGCCGGGUUUUCAUGUGCGCCCGAUCAUUUAUUUCUUCCUUCUCUGAAGUCGCACCUUUCUUUCUUCAUCGUGGGAACUUCUUGUUUCAGAGCGGGCCUCUUCCUCGGUUUCUACAGAAAUGCCCGGUUUCGGAUUUGUUGAUUUGUUGAUCGGUUUCUCCCGUCCUCGGCUCAGCGUCCUCACCGGACAUGGACCUCUUGGUUGAGGGUGGCGACACGCAGAGCAGCCUCUGACGGGACGGACGGUGACAGCGCUCCUGUGAUCUCCAUGGGGAUACACGGCGGUUCCCGGAGCACCAGACGGACCCUUUAACCCGAGCCCCCGCUGGACGGAUCAGGACAUUACGGCGCGUAAAAUACAGCCGGCUGUGAAACGCUUCAGACACCGCAGAUAAACAGCGACUCCGUCUCUACCUGUGGCGGAGACGCGUCGCCAUGGUGCACUGCGCGGGGUGCGACAAGCCCAUCCUGGACAGGUUCCUGCUCAAAGUUCUGGACCGGACCUGGCACGUCAAGUGCGUGACGUGCUGCGAGUGCAAAAGCAAUUUGACCGAGAAGUGUUUUUCUAGAGACGGGAGACUCUACUGCAAGACGGACUUCUUCAGGAGGUUUGGCACAAAGUGUGGCGGCUGCUCUGAGGGCAUCUCCCCCAGCGACCUGGUGCGGCGCGCGCAGAGCAAGGUGUUCCACCUGGGCUGCUUCACGUGCGUCAUGUGCAACAAGCAGCUGUCCACGGGCGAGGAGCUGUACGUCCUGGACGAGCUCAAGUUCAUCUGCAAGGAGGACUACCAGAACAGCCAGGGCCGCGACACCGUGCUGCUGUCAGUGACGACGUGCAGCGACCCGAGUCUCUCCCCGGACCCGCAGGACCCGCUGGCGGACGACGGCAAGGAGUCGGAGGGCGGCCCGCUUUCGGACAAGGAGGGCGCCAACAACGAGAACGAGGAGGCGAGCGUGGCGGGAAAGCGGCGCGGGCCCCGGACCACCAUCAAGGCCAAGCAGCUCGAGACGCUCAAGGCGGCGUUCGCGGCCACGCCGAAACCCACGCGCCACAUCCGGGAGCAGCUGGCUCAGGAGACGGGGCUCAACAUGCGGGUCAUCCAGGUAUGGUUCCAGAACCGCCGCUCCAAGGAGCGCCGCAUGAAGCAGCUCAGCGCGCUGGGCGCGAGGCGACACGCGUUCUUCCGGAGCCCGCGCAGGAUGCGGAGCCUCGGGGAGCGCAUGGAGCCCGGGGAGCUUCUGGCCGGGGGGCCCUUCUCCUACUAUGCAGACUACCCAGGUGAGUACUACGGCUCCGGGGGAAACUACGAGUACUAUCAGGGCCCCCCGUCCUCCCAGGCCCAGACCCCCGCAGACCUGGGGUACGUCCCCUCCUCCGUCCCCACCGGCACCCCGCUGGGGGGCAUGGACCCGCAGCACCACCACCACCACCAACACCCCCACCACCAGCACCAACACCCCGGGCACCAGGACGUCCCGUGCUACUCGGACAUCAUGUCGGCCUCCCACCACCACCACGCCGCGGACUCGCCGAGUCCGGAGCCUAACGGGCCCGGAUCCAACGGCCCCGGGUCCAUGGGGCCCGGCUCCAUGCGCAGCGUGUCCAGCGACAUGUGUGGUUCGUCCGGGACCCCGUUCACGGUUCUGUCGCUCAGCGAGAACGGAUACACGAACCAGCUGUCCCAGCCAUCCUCCGAGGUCAGCGAGGGGACCGUCUGGUAGCAGCAGGACCGCGGGAACACCGGGGACUCGACAGAACCGGACAACCGGGACUCGACAGAACCUUAGCACCGGGUACUCGACCGAAACAGGACCACCGGGGACUCGACAGAAACGGGCCACCGGGGACUCGACCGAAACGGAGCAACGGGGACUCGACUGAACUGGAGCACCGGGAAUCGACCGAACUAGACAACUGGGGCUCGACAGAACCGGACCACCGGGAAUUGACCACAGCACCGAACCGGAUAAAACGGGAUUGAUAAUAAUAAGAAAAAAAAAA